AUGGCUAACCUCGCCAUGAACUCACGAAUCAGUAGUACCCAACACAGCAUACUGGCCACACGUUCCUGUCCACGCUUCCGUACAACGAAUUGUGUUCAUGGUUCACCGUUCGACGACGAGCACUCAACUGUCAUGGACAUGCUCUUUGCAUCUAAACACAGGCUUGCGCCAGUAAUCAAGCCUCUGCUAUCGUCGUAG